AUUUGAUUGACAGUAAGAGAUCCUCUCUCUGGAUUGGGCUUAACAGCCUGGAUCUCAAGAGUGGCUGGCAGUGGAGCGGCGGCAUUCCCUUCAAAUACUUUAACUGGGCACAAGGAAGCCCUGAGCCUGAACCUGAGAAACUCUGUGCGGUACUGAAUCCCAGAAGAGAUGCUAAAUGGGAAAACCAGCUAUGUCAGCUGAAGCUUGGCUAUAUCUGUAAAAAGGAAAAUGCCACACUGGAUCCUUUCAUUCUUCCAUCAGGGGAUGCAGAGCCUGUUAAAUGUCCAGCAGAAUGGUUGCCCUAUGGAGAUCACUGUUUCAUGAUUCUUAGAGAGCCCAGAGCAUGGACAGAAGCCCUAAUUUCCUGCAAUGAGAGCAAUGGCAAUCUGGCCAGUAUCCACAACCCUGAAGAGCAUGGCUUCAUAUUGUCUCAGCUUGGCUACAAAGCUGUGGAUGAGCUGUGGAUUGGUCUGAAUGACCUCAACACUCAAAUGUACUUUGAAUGGAGUGAUGGGACUCCUGUGACAUAUACUAAAUGGUUGCCUGGAGAACCAACCCAUGCAUUCAAUGGACAAGAAGAUUGUGUCUUUAUGGCAGGAGAGGAUGGAUACUGGGCCGACAGUGCCUGUGACAUAAAGUUAGGUUACAUCUGCAGAAGAAACCCACUAGAAGGAGUUUCUGGGACAGUAAAGACUGAUCCUGCCUGCCUGAAGGGCUGGGAAAGACAUGGUUUUUACUGCUACCUGGUUGGACAUACCUCUGUAACGUUUUCAGAAGCAAAGAAAACAUGUGAAAGGAGCAGUGGUUAUUUAACAAGUAUAGGAGACAGGUAUGAGCAAGCCUACCUGACCAGCCUUGUUGGUCUGAGAUCUGAGAAGUACUUUUGGAUUGGUCUCUCAGACAUGGAAGAGCAAGGGAUGUUCAAGUGGGUGUCUGGUGAAGGUGUCCUCUACACAAACUGGAACGCAGCAAUGCCUGGGAAUGAAGCCGGUUGUGUUGCCCUAAGGACUGGAAAUGCAGCUGGACUAUGGGAUGUUCAGAACUGUGAAAAAAAGGCAAAAUUUCUCUGCAAAAAACUAGCUGAAAAAAUUCGUCUUCCCCCUUCUCCUGAAACUGUUUCUGAAUCCCCAUGUCCCUUGGGUUGGGAUAAAAGCAAUAGCACUGAUUCAUGCUUCAAAGUUUUUGUGAGAGAAGAAAUCCAAAAGAAAACAUGGUUUGAAGCCCAAGAUUACUGCAGAAAAAUAGGAGGAGACCUGGCUGCCAUUAGAAGUGAAGAAGAGCAAAGAGUGAUAGAAAACUUAAUAAUGAAAAAGAACCCAUCGUAUCAACCUUUCUGGAUAGGUUUGCAGUGUAUGAACCCUGAUGGUGGGCUUUCCUGGAGUGAUGGAUCCCCGGUGAAAUAUAAGGAAAAUAAAUAUUUUUGCUAUACUGGAUUUGUAUAUUGUGGAGCAAUCAGGGAAGAUCGUUUCUCAUCUUGGACUGAGGAGAACUGUGAAUACAGUCAUAACUGGAUUUGUCAAAUAAAGAAAGGGACACCCUUGAAACCAGAACCUCUGGGCCUUUCUGUAGCAUAUGAAGUAAUGGAAGAUGGCUGGGUUUUAAAAGGGGACAAACAAUAUUUCUUCAGCACAGAAAAGACCUCUAUGGAGAAAGCCAGAACAUUCUGCAACAGCAAUCAUGGAGAUCUUGCAACUAUAGAAAAUAAUAGUGAAAGAAAAUUUUUGUGGAAAUAUAUCUUAAAAAAUGGCAAAUUCGAGUCAUAUCUCAUAGGAUUAAUUCAGAAUGCUGAUCAACAGUUUAGUUGGAUCGAUGGAAGCCCAGUGCACUAUGCAGCUUGGGCACAGGGUGAGCCCAACUUUGCAUUGGGUCAAGAAAACUGUGUGGUCUUAUAUAAGAAAGAUGGCUUGUGGAAUGAUGUCAGCUGUGGCUUUUCAAAUGGCUAUAUAUGUGAGAGGCAAAGAAGUUUUAUAAAUGCAACACUUCCUUCAGCAGUACCUUCACCUCCUGGAGGAUGUCCCAAAGAUUGGCUUUUAUUUAAAAAUCAGUGUUACAAAUUUUUUGGCUCUUCCUAUAAGUACUGGUAUUCUGCAAGAAGAGUUUGUAUGGAUCUUGGAGGAGACUUGGCAAGCAUCCAUAAUGAACAAGAACAAGCCUUUCUCACUUACCAUUUGAAAGAUGUUUCAAAUGAUCUCUGGAUUGGCUUGAAUGAUAGACUCAGUGAACUCAACUUUGUCUGGGCUGAUGGAAGUGCUCUCACCUAUACUAACUGGGCUCCAGAUUCCCCAAAACUUGUAGAACCUAUUUUGUUUGACAGUCUACAUCCAGAAGAUGGUCACAAUCGGCAACAGUUUGAUUGUGUUACUCUGAAGAGAGGUCAUGCUGAUGACACAGGCAAAUGGAAUGAUGAGCAGUGUUAUAUGUCCAAAGGGUUUAUAUGCCAGAAGAAUAGUGAUCCUAAACUCUUUAAGUCAUCAGGAAGAGUGACGGACAUUGCUUUUGACCACUCUGGUGGCAUUAGCUAUUUCGUCACCAGUACCAAAAUGAAUUGGGAGGAAGCACAGAAAGUCUGCAAGAACAAUGCCUCAGAACUUUCCAGCAUUUUAGAUCCACAUAGCCAGGCACUGUUGUUCUUACUUGCACUGGAAUAUGGAGAGCCUCUGUGGAUUGGUCUUAACAGCAAUGUGACCAACAGCAAGUAUCAAUGGAUUGACAGAUGGAGAUUGGUUUACAGCAAGUGGUCCAAUGGGGAACCAAAGCAGACAUUAGCAUGUGUCUACCUAGACACUGAUGGCACCUGGAAGACAUCUUCUUGCAAGGAAAAACACUUUUCUGUCUGUAAAAAAACAGAUGUAAAGGCCCCUACUGAGCCACCACAACUUCCUGGAAAAUGCCCUGAAUCAAGAGGACAUAAGUCUUGGAUACCCUUCCAUGGUUACUGUUACUACUUUGAAGCCUCCAGGAAAAGAAGCUGGUCUCAAGCUCAACAGGAAUGUGUUCGACUAGCUGCUAAUUUGGUAUCAAUAGGAGACUAUACUGAAGUAACCUUCCUGUUGGACACUAUUAAGAUACUCCAUGGAAAAUCACUGAACUUUUGGAUAGGGAUGAUGAAAAAUGACAGAGGACAGUGGGUAUGGACAGACAAAUCUGCAAUGGAUUUUGUCAACUGGCAAAUGGGAGAACCUUCAAACAAACGGUUUAAAGACUGUGGAGAAGUAUGUGCACUGUCUGGCUACUGGAACACCAACGUCUGCUCUUUCAAGAAAGGAUAUAUCUGUAAAAAACCAAAAAUUCCUGAAAACACAGAGAUGUCAACAGGAAGUACAGAUGGGAAAAUUGAGAAAGUACUUUCUAUCAGUACCAUCUGGCUGUUCAUCCUUCUAGCCCUUUGUAUAGUUGGAGCUGGAUGCACAAUUUAUUUUUGCUUGAGGAGGAAAAGACAAAGCCUGCUACAAACUUCAACCAGAAUGACUGGACCAGAAGCAAGUGUGGAUAUCCAAGAAAAAGUUGCACAUACCAACAUGUAG